CUGUUUUCCGGCCCCAAUAAUACCAUUGUUUUCCAAGACUGCGCGGGUGUUCAUGAAAUUCCUCGAGUUACAACUUCUUUUUCCCAAAAAAGAAAGAGAAAAAGGGUUCGGAAAUUCUUGAGCGAUAUACCACUGUGACAGCUUUUCCCCAUCUCAAUUUUUAUUCUUUUAUUAUACCAAAGUCUUUCCAAGUUUCCAACAAGAUUUGGAAAAGGCGACCACUAUAAAAUAUAGAUCUAGCAAGAAAAGGCUUCUGCUGCGUCAGUAGUAGUUGUCAAAACUUUUUCACUUUUUUUUUCUACAACUUGAAAAUUUUCUUAAAAGUCUAGAAGCCGGAGCAAUGGCGCUUGUGUCAGUAAACAAUCCCAGCAAUAAUGAAUUGGUGUCGGCCACCUCGGGUCAAGUGGCCCUGCAACAGGGGCCAGCACGAACGUCUAGCCUCAUGGCUCCUAUAAUGCUCCUGGCAGGACAUCCUGGAGAUAUCUUUAGCCUGAAGUUCCAUCCUGACGGCCAGUUUUUGGUUUCCACCGGCUUUGACAGACAAAUAUUUUUGUGGAAUGUGUAUGGAGAGUGUGAAAACUUUGCUGUGUUGUCUGGUCACACUGGAGCAGUAAUGGAUCUUCAGCUGUCUACCGAUGGUGAUACCAUUUACACUGCUAGUACAGACAAAACCAUUUGUUUGUGGGACACCAGAACAGGAGCUAAAAUCAAGAAACUGAAAGGCCACUCCUCCUUUGUCAAUGCUAUUCAUCCUGCACGAAGAGGACCUCCUCUUCUCUGCAGCGCCUCAGAUGACUGCAACAUCAAAGUCUGGGAUCCAAGAAAAAGAACCGAGACAGUAUCAUUAGAUAAUUCUUACCAAGCGACUUCCGUCACCUUCAACGAUACCGCCGAACAAGUCAUUUCCGCAGGCAUCGACAACGAUGUUAAGGUCUGGGACUUGAGGAAAAAUGCUCUCCUCUACUCCUUGAAGGGCCAUUCCGACACUGUCACAGGCUUGACUCUCAGUCCUGAUGGAUCUUACGUGUUGUCAAACUCGAUGGACAACUCUUUACGUGUCUGGGAUGUACGACCUUUCGCUCCACAAGAACGUUGUAUCAAAAUGAUGGUUGGCCAUGCUCACAACUUUGAAAAGAAUUUACUUCGCUGCUCAUGGUCACCUGACGGAACCAAAGUUUCAGCGGGAUCUGCCGACCGAUUCGUUUACAUUUGGGACACUACAUCUCGUCGCAUCAUUUACAAAUUACCUGGUCACAACGGAAGUGUUAAUGACGUUGUAUUUCAUCCUAAGGAACCUAUUGUUGCAUCCGGUGCCAGUGACAAGCUGAUUUACCUAGGCGAAAUUGACGCUUAAUUAGGAAAGGUUAUAAUUUUUUCAGUUGAAACGAUGGCAAGGAUCGAGGACGAAUAAACAAAUAAUUCUUUUACGCAUA